CUUGCCUACGGCCGCUCUCUCCGCCUCCACCCCGCCCCGAGCCCCUGUCCGCUCGCCUGUCCUUCCUUCUCCUCCCAUGCAUGAUGGAAACACCAUGGCCGCGGCAGCCCAGCUCUCCCUGACUCAGUUAUCAAGUGGGAACCCAGUAUAUGAGAAGUACUAUAGACAGGUUGAUACAGGAAAUACUGGAAGGGUAUUGGCUUCAGAUGCUGCUGCUUUCCUGAAAAAAUCAGGGCUUCCAGACUUGAUACUUGGAAAGAUUUGGGAUUUAGCUGAUACAGCUGGCAAAGGCACCCUGAAUAAACAAGAAUUUUUUGUUGCUUUGCGUCUUGUGGCGUGUGCCCAGAGUGGACUGGAGGUUUCACUGAAUAGCUUGAACCUGGCUGUUCCUCCACCAAGAUUUCAUGAUACCAGUAAUCCUUUGCUAACCAGUGGACCUGCAGCUGAGCUCCCAUGGGCUGUAAAAUCUGAAGAUAAGGCCAAAUAUGAUGCAAUUUUUGACAGCUUAAGCCCAGUGAAUGGAUUUCUAUCUGGUGAUCAAGUGAAACCAGUGUUGCUCAACUCUAAGUUACCUGUGGAAAUCCUUGGAAGAGUUUGGGAGUUGAGUGAUAUUGACCAUGAUGGAAUGCUUGACAGAGAUGAAUUUGCAGUUGCCAUGUUUUUGGUAUACUGUGCACUGGAGAAGGAACCUGUGCCAAUGUCCUUGCCUCCAGCUUUGGUGCCACCAUCUAAAAGAAAAACGGUCAGUAUAUCAGGCUCUAUGCGAUUGAUCCCCUCCUCAGCACCAGCCAAGGAAUCUUACCACUCCUUGCCACCUGUAGGCAUUUUACCUACCAAAACACCAUUAAGACAGUGGGUUGUGUCCUCAGCAGAAAAAGCUAAAUAUGAUGAAAUCUUCCUGAAAACAGAUAAAGAUAUGGAUGGAUUCGUAUCUGGAUUGGAGGUCCGUGAAAUCUUCCUGAAAACAGGCUUACCUUCUGCCUUACUAGCCCGUAUUUGGGCAUUAUGUGACACAAAAGACUGUGGGAAGCUUUCAAAGGAUCAGUUUGCUUUGGCUUUUCACUUAAUCAAUCAAAAGUUAAUAAAAGGCAUUGAUCCUCCUCACAUUCUUACUCCCGAGAUGAUUCCACCAUCAGACAGGAUGACUUCACAGAAGAAUAUCAUAGGAUCAAGUCCUGUUGCAGAUUUCUCUGCUAUUAAGGAGCUAGAUACCCUUAACAAUGAAAUAGUUGAUCUACAGAGGGAAAAGAAUAAUGUGGAAAAAGACCUUAAGGAGAAGGAAGAUACUGUUAAAGAGAGGACAAGUGAGAUUCAGGAUCUUCAAGAUGAAGUUCAAAGGGAGAAUGUUAAUUUGCAAAAACUACAGGCGCAGAAGCAGCAAGUACAGGAACUCCUUGAUGAACUGGAUGAGCAGAAAGCCCAGCUAGAGGAGCAACUCAAAGAAGUCAGAAAGAAAUGUGCCGAGGAGGCACAGUUGAUCUCCUCUUUGAAAGCUGAAAUAACUAGUCAAGAAUCACAGAUCUUGACUUACGAGGAAGAACUGGCCAAAGCCAGGGAAGAGCUAAGCCGCCUACAACAAGAAACAGCAGAAUUGGAGGAGAGUGUGGAGUCAGAAAAGGCUCAGCUAGAACCUCUUCAGCAGCACCUUCAAGAGUCCCAGCAGGAAAUCAGUUCAAUGCAAAUGAGACUGAUGGAAAUAAAAGAUCUAGAAAAUCACAACAGUGAAUUGAAUUGGUGCAGUAGCCCACAUAGUGUUCUUGUAAAUGGCGCUACAGAUUAUUGCAGCCUCAGCACCAGCAGCAGUGAAGCAGCCAACCUUAAUGAACCUGCUGAAGGCCAGAGCAAUCUAGAGUCUGAGCCCAUACACCAGGAGUCUCCAGCAAGAAGUAGUCCUGAAAUACCACCUUCUGAUGUGACUGAUGAAAAUGAAGUGGUGACUAUAGCUGUUAAUGAAAAAGUUUGUCCUGAAGUUGACAGUGACAGACAUACAAAAGAGGAAGAUCCAUUUAAUGUAGAAUCAAGUUCACUGACAGAUCCAGUUACAGAUACAAACAUGGAUUUUUUCCAGUCUGAUCCUUUUGUUGGCAGUGAUCCUUUCAAAGAUGAUCCUUUUGGGAAAAUAGACCCAUUUGGUGGUGAUCCAUUCAAAGGUUCAGAUCCCUUUGCAUCUGACUAUUUCUUCAAGCAGUCUUCUACUGACCCUUUUGCUACUUCAGGUACUGACCCUUUCAGUGCACCCAGCAACAGCAGUAAUGCAUCGGUGGAAACAUUGAAGCACAAUGAUCCUUUUGCUCCUGGUGGAACAGUUGUUACUGCAGCAAGCGAUUCAGCAACAGACCCCUUUGCUUCUGUUUUCGGAAAUGAAUCAUUUGGAGAUGGAUUUGCUGACUUCAGCACAUUAUCAAAGGUCAACAAUGAAGAUCCUUUUAGUUCAGUUACAUCAAGUUCUGUCAUUCCUAAAAGUGCGUUUGAGGAAACAUCGAUCAGGAGUGAAGAUGUGCCCCCGGCACUGCCACCGAAGACUGGAACUCCAACAAGACCCUGCCCACCACCACCGGGGAAAAGACCCAUCAACAAAUUGGAUUCUUCUGAUCCCUUUAAAGUGAAUGAUCCAUUUCAGCCUUUCCCAGGCAGUGAUAGCCCUAAAGAAAAAGAUCCUGAUAUGUUUUGUGAUCCAUUCACUUCUACUUCUGCUACUGCCAAUAAAGAGGCUGACCCAAGCAAUUUUGCUAACUUCAGUGCUUAUCCCUCUGAAGAAGAUAUGAUUGAAUGGGUCAAGAGGGAGAGUGAGAGAGAGGAAGAGCAGAGGCUUGCCCGACUGAACCAGCAAGAACAAGAAGACUUAGAACUGGCUAUUGCACUUAGCAAAUCUGAGAUAUCAGAAGCAUGAAGAAUUCUGUUGUUGUUUGUCAACAAUGUUCGUCUUCCUGAAUAUUGAAGCUACUUACCAUGUAUAUCAAAACUACCUAUACGCAUGGGAAUAUAAAGGGUUUAAGAUUCCUGUAAAUGUGACAAAAGUCUAGGUUUUUGUUUUUUUUAAAACUCUUUGAGAUUUGUCUCUUUUUUUCCUUGAAAAGCAGUAAAUCAGAUGAGAUAGCUUCA